AUGCGUGUUGAUUUGAGUUUGAUUUUGAUUUUUUUUUCCUCUCUCUUCUCUUUUGCAUCGAUGACAUUGCAAAAGAACUUCAAGCACAGUAUAAUGGCUAAAGAAGACUUAUUAUUUACGAUAGAUAGUGAUGUGGAGGUGGAAGAUGAUUCAGAUUCAUCUGUUGAAGAUGUGAAGGAAGAGGUUAGCGAUAUUAAUCCAAAUUUCGAAUUUUCCAUUGGAGAUGAGGUAGAUGAGAUAAAAGAUUGGGAAGCGGAAACUGAUGAAACAAUUAAGGAUGUGAACUUGGACGAGAUCAUUGAAAAGAAAAGAGGAGAUUUACCAGGGGAAGAAGAAGGAAGCCCCGAGGAGGAGGAGGAAGAACACGACGAGAUGGAACAAGGGGGAGCAGACGAAGAGGAGGAAGAUCCUGAUGCAGAAGAGUUUUACGAAUCAGCUCCAAGCAAUGAGACUAACACCACCUUUCAAGAACUACAACUUUCACGCCCCAUAUUGAAGAGCAUACAGUCGUUGUCGUUCACUUCUCCAACUCCAAUUCAAUCAUCAACCAUACCUAUUGCAUUAUUGGGUAAAGAUAUUGUUGCAGGUGCACAAACAGGUAGUGGUAAAACAGCAGCAUAUUUGAUUCCAUUGAUUGAACGUUUGAUCUUUAAAAACUCAACAUCAACUAAAGCAAUCAUUCUUGCACCAACUAGAGAGUUGGCCAUUCAAGUUUACGACGUGGGAAGGAAGUUGGGUCAAUUUGUGAAAAACUUGAGCUUUGGGUUGGCUGUAGGUGGUUUGAACUUGAGACAACAAGAGCAGCAAUUGAAAUCAAGACCUGAUAUUGUCAUUGCUACACCUGGUAGAUUGAUUGACCACAUACGAAAUAGUCCUAGUUUCAGUGUUGAAGAUGUUCAAGUGUUGGUGAUUGAUGAAGCUGAUAGAAUGUUAGAGGAAGGGUUUCAAGAAGAAUUGACGGAGAUAUUGUCAUUGAUACCAAAGCAAAAGAGACAGACGUUGUUGUUUUCGGCUACGAUGAAUACAAAAGUUCAAGAUUUGGUUCAAUUAUCACUCAACAAGCCAGUCCGUGUUAUGAUUGAUCCACCAAAGACAGUUGCAUCUAGAUUAGAACAACAGUUUGUUCGUAUUCGUAAAAGAGAGAGCUUGAAACCGGCAUUGCUCUUUCAAUUGUUGAGAAAGUUGGACGGAAGGAUUGUGGUGUUUGUAUCAAGAAAGGAGAUGGCACACAAAUUGAGAGUUAUUUUAGGGUUGUUGGGUCUCAAGGUGGCAGAAUUGCAUGGUGCUUUAACCCAAGAGCAACGUUUGGCAAAUAUGAAGUUGUUUAUGGGUGACGUCAACGUAUUGGUCUGUACAGACUUAGCGGCAAGAGGUUUGGAUAUAAGGAUAGAGUAUGUGGUCAACUUUGAUAUGCCAAAAACUUACGAGAUCUAUUUGCACAGGGUUGGUAGAACUGCAAGAGCAGGAAGAAAGGGUACUUCUAUCACAUUUGUUGGAGAAAGCAAUCAAGACAGAGCCAUAGUCAAAGCAGCCAUAAACAAUGGAAGGAGUGUGGCGAGAAAAGUCGACUGGAAUGACGUUGAAGCGAUAAAUAAGAGAAUAGAUGAAAAAGAGUCGGUAGUUGACGAGGUCCUACAGGAAGAAAAGGAGGCGAAAGAAAUUUUGAGAGCUGAAAUGCAAUUGAAUAAAGCAAGUAAUUUGAUAAAGUAUGAAAAGGAUAUACACUCGAGACCAAAACGAACUUGGUUCAAGAGUGAUGUUAUGGGCCAAUUGACAAAGCAUGGUAAAAAGGUAAACUCUAAAAAGAGGAAAGCUAACGAGGAUAAGAAGGAGAAUGAAAAACGGUCUUACAAAAAGACGAAAACAGAUAGAAGUAAGAAAAGCGGGAAGCGUAAGUAA